AUGUCUAGAUCGCGACGACGAGCUGGUAAAGAUGGCCGUGGUGGACAAGCCAGUAUGCUCAGCAGCAUCGUCAAUCUGCUGAAUACAAUUGUUGGGGCUGGCACACUUGCUAUGCCCUCUGUCCUGUCGCAUAUGGGAAUAAUGCUCGGCGUCCUCCUCAUGCUCUGGUCUGGCUUGACCUCGGCGUUCGGUCUCUACCUUCAGUCCAGAUGCGCUCGCUAUCUCGAUCGCGGAAAAUCCUCCUUCUUCGCCUUGUCUCAGCUUACAUACCCCAAUGCAUCCAUCAUUUUCGAUGCCGCAAUUGCGAUUAAGUGCUUCGGGGUUGGGGUCUCCUACAUGAUUAUUAUCGGCGAUCUCAUGCCCGGGGUGGCCCUGGGUUUCAACAGCAACGCUGAUAGGAUUCCUUAUCUACUUGACCGAAACUUUUGGAUUACUGCCUUUAUGCUUCUUGUUAUCCCUUUGAGUUUCCUAAAGAGGCUCGAUUCGCUCAAGUAUACCAGUUUAGUUGCUUUGGUUUCGAUUGGAUACCUCAUUAUUCUGGUCAUCUACCACUUCUCCGUGGAUCCCCAUGCCAGCCCAGACAAUAUUCGGGUUAUCCAAUGGGCUGGUGCCGUUGAGACAUUGAGUGCAUUGCCAGUGGUAGUCUUUGCUUACACUUGCCACCAGAAUAUGUUCUCUAUCAUCAACGAAAUCAACGAUAAUUCUCCAUCCAGCAUGGUCAAAGUUGUCGCAUCCAGCAUUGGAUCCGCAGCAUCGAUUUACGUCCUGGUGGCCGUUACUGGAUACAUCACUUUCGGUAACUCCAUUGUUGGAAAUAUUGUAUCCAUGUAUCCUACCGGAGUUGCCUCGACCAUUGGAAAAGCUGCGAUUGUUGUCCUUGUUUUAUUUUCCAUUCCCUUACAAGUUCAUCCCUGCCGAGCUUCUGUUGACGCUGUCAUCAAUUGGCGACCUAGCAGGGGCAACUCGAAUGGCGGCCGUGCUGGCUCCCCUCUGUUAAACUCGGCGCCAGCACAACGUGGUGAUCACGGCAGCACCGCGCCAAUGUCUGAUCUCAGAUUUGCUCUCAUUACUACAGUUAUCCUUACUCUAGCCUACAUUACGGCUCUCUCUGUGAGCAGUCUUGAUCGUGUUCUUGCCUUUGUUGGAAGCACAGGAUCUACAUCUAUUAGCUUCAUUUUACCAGGCCUGUUUUAUUACAAAAUAAGCGACCCGGAUAGCAUCCACCACCAACGUUUGGCCAAGGAAGACGAUGACAUGGACGACUCCGAUGACUCUGAUACCGAAGAUUCAGGACCACUUGCUCAGAGCACUCACAGCAUCGCUAGCGCGGCCAGUGCCGCGAGCAGCCGUAGCCGAAAUGCAUGGCGCUCGCGUCGAAAGUGGCGAUGGGACCUGGAACACGUUGACCACAGUCUUUUACGAAAGAUGGCAUUGGCAUUAGCGAUAUAUGGAGUGGUAGUGAUGACGGUUUGCCUUACUAUGAACAUUUUCUUCGCCGUCGCUCAUUAA